AUGGUAUCCUCACAUACAGCCCGCGCGGGCCUGUUACUACUUACCAGCGCCGUGGCUGCUUCAGCGUUGCCAAUCAAUAACGCCCCUUCCGUCUUUGCCCCAGAUGCUCUCGCCGCUCUGCAAAGGCGUGCCAUUAUGAAGGGCAACAACUACGUGCCUCUCGGAGAUACGACAGUGCCACUCUCCCCAAUACUCCUCGUGCUUGCAGGGUUGGGCGCCGCCGUGGCAGCGCUCCUCAUCGCCUUGCUGCGCAUCUUUUGCCCGUCUUGCCUCUCCAGAUCUGCGCGCAUCGUCCUCGAGGAGCGAGAGAGGGCGCAGCAGGACCUGCGCGUGCGCGGUGCCACCAGCCCACGAGCUAGUCCCGGCGCAAGCCCCACACCAGGAGGCAGCACCCCCGUCCAUGCACAUCCGCGACGCUUCCCACCCAACAAGCCAACCCGCCCGCUCGGACGCAAUUCACGCGGAAGCUCCAUUCCCAUCGACUCUUCCUCAUCCUCGCUCACCAGCAAGCGACAAUCUCACGGCUAUCGAGGCACCUCGUUCAGCCUAGCAGAGGCACGCAAGAACACCGACAAGUCAUUUCGAUCCAGCUACAGCGCAUUCCACAUGCCUGCGCUCAACUCGAGCGAAUCGAGCAGCGGCUCUUCCACCUUGCACAACGCACGAGACUCGACCAUGUCGGAACGAGCAAAGUACCCCAUCACCGCCACCAACGACGCCAUUCCACUCAACAACACCGGCAAGCCACUCCACUUUGGCACAAGGUAUUUGCAACGCACCAGCUCAACCGGCAAAGGUGCCGAUUUGCAGCGGACGCGCAGCGGCAGUCGUCGCAACGCAGAGAUCGCUCUGGCUCCGCAAGCGGUUGACCGCGUACAGGCCGUGCAAUGGCGUCGUCGAGACUCGAACACUCAGCAUCCCCUACAGUCAACAACAAAUCGACGUGACUCGUCGCUCUCAUUCCAAAGCAGCAGCGCCGAGCAGAGCUACCUCGAAAGCACUGCAACAAGUCGUAUGGGUUCGUUCUGCAACACGACCGCCAAUCCGCUGCAGCCUCUCAGCAUGUUUGGAACCGGCGCGCACCUCAGUCAGCCUUGGGCGAGUCCGCGAUCGACGAGCAGAUCUUCGUCGCCAGAUUUCGCCUCUCCGGAUCCAUCGCGUCUCGGCGUCGCUCGCGGAGCUACUGCCAACAGUCGAAACUCGUCGGUCAGCGGCCUGCUCGACUCGGACGGCAGUGAUCACGGCAUCACCCCGCAGACGGUUAUCAUGGUCCCCACCCGUCAAGCCUCCAAAGUCAGAUGA